GAAGAAGAUAUGGAGACAGCAACCACCAAUGAUAUCAACGAAGACGACCCUGAUCCGUUCAUACCUGAUGAAGGCUUUAGUGCGACAAAUGAUCGGAACCUCGCUGAUGUUCCCCCACACUUACUCACUAUCUAUGCGGUUGUCUCUUGGCUGCACCUCCAAUUCCACCUCCCUCGCGUGGCUUGCAAUGCAUUAUUAACGAUAUUUGCCUGCAUCCUCGUUGCUCUUGCACCAACUAUCGAUGUCCCUUUCGUAACACUGCAGUCCAGUAAUCGUGUCCUUGGUGUCGACACUACCAUUUUCACACUCCCUGUUUGCCCUACAUGCCGUGAUGUAUUUCCUCCUGCAAUGUCGACAAAAUCACACGAUACAUGCAAAAAUUGUGGGGUCGACAUCUUUCUUCCUGGUACAACACAACGGGGGAACUUACGCGCUGUCAAAACGCCCAUCAUCAAGUAUCCAUACCUUCCUCUAUCCGAACAGAUCAAAUCUCUUCUCAAAAUUCCUGGUCUUGAGGCUGUGCUUGAUGGUUGGCGCAGUAAACCUCGCACAAUUGGUAAAUAUACUGAUAUCUUUGAUGGUGACACAUGUCGCACAAAACUCAAGGGUCCUGAUGGUAAACUCUUCUUUUUGAAUCUCCCUCACGAGCAACAUGGCCCAGAUGGUGAACUACGCAUCGGAGUGAACCUUGGAGCUGAUUGGUUUUCGUAUAUCAGAAGUAAUAUCACACCGUCACACUCAUCAGCUCCCACAUCAUUCUCAAUAUGUAAUCUACCACCAGAAUAUCGCAGAAUCCUGACCAGAUCCAACGAUUCUUACAGCCCAUCAUAUCAGAUUUACUACGUCUAUGGAGAGUUGGAAUCAAAAUUCCAACUGAAUCUUGUCCGCAAGGUAAGAUGCCUUGUUCGUGUGAUUUUGGUUGCAGUUGUUUGCGAUAAACCAGCUGCGCACAAGCUGGGUGGAUUCGCAUCUCACUCCCAUACUAAUUUUUGUACUGUAUGUUGGAUAACGAUCGCACAUAAAGAUAAACUACAGGCAUUUCAACAAGGAGCUUUUUGGCCACGGACAAAUGAAGAACAGCGAGAACUUGGCAAGCGCUACCGCAGGCUGACUACUACAUCUGCUCGCAAGAACUUCGUAAAGGAACACGCUACUCGAUACAUGCAGCUAUCACGUCUACCAUACUUCAACCUCGUCGAACAGAUUGUCAUCGACCCAAUGCACAAUCUUUACCUUGGCCUUGUUAAGACCCAUUUUUACAACAUAUGGGUCCAGGGAAAGAUUCUUCGUGCUAAUCAUGAGCUCGACAUCUUCCAUGACAUGCUUGCUGAUUUUAUUGUCCCGGGUUCAUGUGGCAAAUUACCAAUGGACAUCAGUAUGCCAUCAGGUGGUUCACUAACAGCGGACCAAUGGCUGCUUCUCGCCACUGUCUAUGGUCCAAUCAUAAUCCCGCAGUUAUGGAGCUCUUGUCUUCCGACAGACAUGGAUGACGGGAUUCUGUGUCAAUGUGUCACCAUGAUUAAGAAGGCCAAGGCUGAUAAGGAGGCAGAUGCGAAGUCCAAGGCUGAGCAGAAAGCCACCCUUGCUGCAGCCAAAAAGCAAGGAAAGGAAGCACUCGAAGCUGAAAAGGCCCGGAUUGCCCAUGAGAAGCUUGCACUGUCAGAGAUGAAGAAACAGGAAAAGCUCCGACUUGCAGCUGCCAAACAGGCUGAAAAGGUUAGAAUUGCAGCUGAAAAGAAAGCGAAGGCUGCAGCCAAGAAGGUAAUACCGUUACGGCCACCACCACCACCACCACCACCGUGUCUCCUUCCUACAUCUGAGCUGCUAACAGAGCCUGCUGCAGAUGCAGCUGGCGAAGAAGAAGCAAAAUUCUUACUGCACCCUGAUGAUCCAGCUAAUUUCUUAAAGCUAUGUGCAGCACUGCGCAUUUUGAGCAAGCGUUCACUAUGUGAUCAGGAUGUAAGCCGAGCCGAGCAACUCAUCUUUGAAUACACCACCGAGCUAAUACAUCUGUAUGGUUCUGGCUCGGUCAAACCUAACCAUCACUUUGUGACCCAUGUUGGUGCUUGUGUGCACAAUUUUGGCCCUCUCCACGAUUUCUGGACUUUCCUGUUCGAGCGCCUCAACAAGUUGUUGAAAUCGUACAAGACCAACAACCAUUCAAACAGUGCACUUGAAACGACCUUUUUCAUGGAGUUUCACAGGACUUGUGAGCUCGGACGACUGACGUACACAUUACAGCAUUAUCCUAAGGAUUCCCUUCCAAGUCAGACAGCAUCAAUCAUGCUGAAGGCCUCCAACGAUGAGAGGGGAACAGUGGCUGGACUUGCAGCAUUGUCAAAAGACCUUGAUGAUGCUGGUGCAGACGCUGGUCUGGCUUAUUCACUUAGUCCUCGACACCGAAAGCAAGGAAUGUCCACUGAGACAUAUCGACUACUCGCAUCCACCCUCUGCUAUCAUUUUCCUUUGACUCCAGUUCAUUGUCGUUUUGACCAUGCCGUCGUACCUCAUAGCCUCCCACUUGAUCGUGAUGCAGUCUUUUUUGACUAUGUCGUGAUUGAUAGUAAG